AUCAAUUUGCCUGGGAUUUGGAUGCAUUGACCCUGCCAAAUGAGUCAGUCCACUCUGUUCUGAGUUCUGACAGCCAUUCCCUGAGACCUGACAAUUGACAAAGGGGCGAUGGUUGUGACACCCCCUCUGCCCCAACCGUUCUUGGCCGUUUCGUGGUUCAGCAUCGGACGGGGUCUGGAGCGGAGCCGGGUAGCAGGAUGUCUCUCGCCCUCUCCCCUUCUCCUCGGCCGCGGAAAAGUACUGAGGCUUUUCUUUUGCUUCUCCGCCACUUCCUCCUCAUUGGUACUUUUGUAUGUCGGUAAGUUCAAUCUCGAUAGAUUUUCAUGCACAUGCCAUAUCCUGAUCACCUUGAACGAGGAGCUGAAGGAUUAACCAAGCACAAGCAUGGGUCUAUCUAUGUACGAUGUAUGUACGCUAUACUAUGUCCGGACUACGGAGUACUCCUCCCCUAGCAAGGAUCUCAGCAUUCGAUCGUUCUUGACCGUAGGCACAUACAUGUACACUACUACUACUAC